GCAGUCCCCUCUUCAUUUGGCUCAUGUUCACAGGAAAUAGCCUUACCUAGAUGGGAGAACACAUGAAAGAGCAUUGCUCCUGCUUCCUCUGCAUGCAGGUUACAUGUCAGGACAUGUGCCUCGUGACAGGUUAAGAGGGCACAUUUUGGGGAAGGGAAACUUUCUGACAGCUCAUCCCUAGAAGGCAGGCAGGUAAUUAUACUCCCAGUGGGCUCCAUCCUCACCAGGAGAAGGCAGCGCCUGACUUGGGUCACGAUUUGGUAAUUUACAGCAGAAAAAACCUCCAGCAAAAAGAGCAGUGGAAAGAGUAGUGCUGGACUGUCCCAAAGGGUGACGCAAAGUCUGUCAUUCAAAAUAAGCACAGGAGAUGGUCCCCACUUCAAUCAGCUGAUAUUUGGCAGCUCUGAGUGUGACAAGCGAAAGUAACAAAGAGACCAGCCAAAGGUAUCCCAAGGGACAGGCCUCCUUCUGCCAGGAGAGAAGCCUGAGUGUCCAGGAAAUGCCCUCUGGAGGCAUUUUCUGGACUACAGGUUUCCAGGAAUGCAAAAGGGGAAGUUGCUCUCAAACACUUCUCCAUUUUCUCCCUCCUGUGCUUUGCACAACAUCCCAUGGCUUUAAAACCAGCAGGGAAAAGUGAAAAGGGAAAUGCAUGUUCUCUCUCCAAUCCCUUACGCUAUCCACCUGUCCUACAUCCGUUCCUAUUCAUUGCUUCUUUACAGAAAAGGGAUUUCAGGAACAUUAGCAGAUGCGAGAGAGGGAGGGAGCCAGCCCUGUAAACUCUGAGAUGAACAGAGAGGUGAGAGCUUCUACUGGCAAAAGACUGAGUGAAGUCAAGCACUGUCCACCCAAUUCUUCGUUAUUGUUGGAAAGAACAUGUAUCAAGACAUCCACACCUGAAGCUAUGAAAGAUGUAAACACCUCUCCUUUGAAAGGCCCUUACUCAAAACUGAACUGGGAUGCAAUAAAUCAGCCCCCACAUUCACACAGGAAAAAAAAAGAAAAAAAAAAAGAAAAAAAAAAGAAAAAGAAAAGAAAGAAAGAAAGAAAGGAAGGGGAAAUUUAGAUUAGUCACAAAGAAGUUCCCCCGCCUGUUUCUCUGUGCAUAAAGCAAUCUCCUGAAGGCACACUGCCUUCACUUCAGCUCUGCUGCUGGGAGGGAGCUGAGCAGCCCCUGCGGGCUGGCAGCGGGGCUGCCAUGGGCCCGGAGCGCAGCGCCGCGGAGGAGAUGCGCGGCCAGGGGGAACCCGCGGGGGAGGAGUGCAAGCCCUGCCAGGGAGCGCAGGCUGCCAGCGCCCUGCACCUCGUGUCCGCCGUGGCUCAGUGGAUUUUACUGCUUGCCUGCCUCAUUUAUCUGGGCAUGGAUUUUCUGCAGCCCUCAGCGAGCCAGGGUGACAAAGUGCCGUGGACCCACAUCCGGUACACAGGCAAAAGCGUCAAAGGAGUGGCCGUGAACCUCACUGCCGAGCUGGGCCCCAUGCAGAUCAGAAAUGGCUCCAUCCUCAUUCCCUGUGACGGGCUCUACCUCGUGUCCCUCAAGAGUUUCAUCUACCUGGAGGAGGAGGCGUGGCUGAAGCUGACGCUGCGGGGGACACACGAGGCCAGCAGCAGCGCGCUGUGGGAGCAGACUGUGCACAGCGACAGCACCGUGAACCUCACCACGGCGCUCUACCUGUUCCAGCAGGACAGCAUCACGCUCUGGACCAACUCCAACGCCAGCAUCUCGGAUCUGUCCUUCACCCUGGUGUUAAUAAGUGGCAACAAGUGCUAGCUGGAGGAGCUGGCGUGUGAAAAGCAGUGUGGAAAGUACAGCCCUCCCCAGCGAGCUGCAGGUUUUGUACUUGUACAGGCAGACUGCUCUAGAAUCGCUCCCUGGGGCUGUGGAGAGCCUCAGUGGGAGUGCAGAUAAACCACAGUGCAGACAGGCUUCAUCUAGUGCAUGCAGGGUUCACCUCUUUGGAGCUCUGUGCAGCUGAUUUGCUACCCAGGGUGGGUCUUUCCAACACUGGGGAAAGGGAUGCGUGGAGCUCUGGAGAAGAACAGAAAUGAAAGCCAAAAAAAGUCACCCAAGCUUAGCUCAUAUUCAGAGAAACCUGGGGUUUCUCUCUUCACUUGACAGUAUCUGUAUAUUGUAGAAAUGUAUUUUUUCUCAAAUAAAAAGUCCUGUGAAUCAGGAAGAUACCUCAAGGGUGUUAAAGCCACAUGAAGCAGGAGGAGCACGAAUUUGCCCAGCAAGAUGGAAAGCAGGGAAGAGGCAGCAGCAAUGGGAUGUCUUUGGAGUGAGCCAGAUACAGGCUGUCUGAGAGGUAAAGGCCGUGAGAGAAGGUGGUAUUUGGAAAUGAGCCAACAGGACUGCACUGGACAGCAGGAGCACAGGACCUGCACUGACUGUGGAGUGCUGGGGAGCAGCCUUUGAGAGCAGAGCCCCACUGGCUGUUCCAGCUGUCUGCUGACUACUGAAGCCUGACCCCAAGGAAUAUCUGGUGGGACAUUUACAAUAAGGUCUCAGAGGAAAAUCUCCUUCAAGCACAUGCUUGACCCGAAAGUGAUGCAGGCACAUAAAAACGUUGGGUAAAUGUGAAGACUUCUAGAUUUGGUGACCUCUCUCUUCUGGACCAAGAGGGAGCUGCAGGUCUGUGCAUCCUCUCCUCAGGGAGGACUUGGAUGAUUCUCAUGACUGCCCUUGACCUUGUCCUACAGAGGCACUGUGCACACCUGCCUGGCUCCUGCUGGUCACUGCUCCCAGUGACCCUGGGCUGCUCAUCCCUGUUCUCCUUGCAGCUUGGGGCUGCUGGAGACAAGUCCUGCCCUGCCUGUGCUGCAGGCAGCACCUGACCUCAGCACAGCCAGCAGCUGGGGGGUUUUUGGUUGAGGUGAGGCAGAUUUUAAGGGUGAGCUGGCUACGUGUCUCCCAAUGCACUCCAUCAACGUUUCAGCGUGUCACUGCUGCCUGUAUGCUCCAAAGUCUUUUGUUAAAAGUAUUUAUGUAUUUAAACGAUAGGCAUAAGAAUGUUACAUCAGAUUUCACAGAAACACAGGGAAGGGUUCACACCAGGCUGUCAGCACUGAACUCCUGUUUGAAAAUGCUCCCAAUGCCCUGGACUGUUCCUGCUUUUUAGGGAGCCAGAGCUGGACUGACCUGCUCACGGCUGAGCACUCCUGCAGACUCGGGUGCUGUGGGGAGCUAAGGACAUCCUCCAGGCCUUGGGGAGCUUUCCUGGGCUUUAGGCGAAUGAACUUCCCUGCCUGGGCCAGGCCAGAGCCUCCAGGGAAACUGGCUGAAGCAGUUCUCUCAUGCAGUGCCAAGAAGCAGCUUUUCUCCUCUCAAGUGAAGCUGUGGCUGACUUGCACCCACAGGAUGCUCAUCACUGAGGGGUAUUCUGGGCUUUUAACUCUGGCCAGGCUUGUUCUCACAGGGACUGAAGGCAGCUGCCCCCUGCCCCGAGGCUGGGGAUUGUCACACCCCUCAGCAAAAGGGAGAAUCUGUUUCUCUUCCUAGAAAAUAAUAAAUCUUUCCUUUGCAACAUUCGGGCUUGUAGUGUCCCUUGGAGGAGGGGGCUGGGGGAGAAGGAGAUUAGAAGUGACUGGUGAAUUAUACAUUCAGUGUUUGAGCAGACAUUUCUGUGCUAUGAAAACUGUAUGGAAUUUUCACAUGCUUCCUUUUUCUUACAGUUCAGCUUUUGUUUCAGCUCUCCACGAGGGUAUGCAGGGCUGCUGCCUCCCAACAUGUGCUAACACAGGGCAGGCCAUGUCAGUGGUGUGUGCAGGGGUGCACAGCACAGCAGGAAAGAUGGAGCCUAGAGAACACAAAUGGAUUUAUUCUUCAGAAGGCUGCACCCUUUCUUCUUGUUUAGAGCAGGAGAGGGCUUUUCACACACUGAUCCCACUGCACGUGCAGGCUGGACUGACCUACAUCUAUACACAUGUGUGUGCUUGUCUAGAA